AUUUGAAUCAAACUAACAUUAUUUUAUUUAAAAGAAUAUUCAAGUUUAAACUAUUUUAUAAUAUUGAUAAACCUUGGUGCAAGACUACAUUUGAUUGUAUUUUAUCAGUGACUAGUUUUUGACAGUAACAACUGAACAUGUCUGAACAGUGAAUCUUCUUAUCAGUGUUGUUUAUACUGGCUGGAACACAAGCUGAUAAGCAAGGCUGAGUGGCUCAACUGGUAGAAUGCUUGCUCUUGAAUAGUGACUGAAGACAGGGGACUAGUUUCAAAUCCAGCUUGGAGCUAUAUUUUUGUCUUUGUAUUUUACAUACUACAUCAACUACUGAACACUAUUAUUGAUAUAAAAUAGUGAUUUAAUUUUUUUUCUUUUAUUGUUGAUUGUUGAGAAGACAUUGUUAACUGGUAAGCAUUGUUAACAUUAAUAACUUGUUAUAUGUAAGUAAUAAUAAGGGCUAGAGGAGAAAAAAAAUUGUUUAUCUUUAUGUUGUAGAUGUAAAUAUUUACUGCACUGUUAUCAGUAUUAAUAUAAUCAAAAUCAAAGUGAAAAGAUGUUUUUAAUUAAUGAAAUCGUAUUUGCAAAAGUAAAAAGAUAUCAACCCUGGCCGGCUUACAUUGCCAAAGUUGAGAACAAUAAAUAUCAUGUUGUGUUUUUCGGUACAAGUGACACUGCAGUGUGUAAAGAGGGAGAUGUCUUUGACUACAACAAAUAUGAAACAGAAACGUUACCAAAUAAGAGGAUUACACCUUCUUUAAAAAUUGCUCUAGAGGAAGCCAAGACUCAUCUUUUGCAGAAUCAAAUGCAGAACAUAAAUUCAACUAGAGAAAACAAAGAAGAGACUUUCUCAUAUGAUCCUGCCGAAGAAAGCAUGAAUGAUGUAUCUGAAAUAAAUAGUCAACUACAGUACGAAAAGGAAAAAAAUGGAAUCGUCCCUAUGCAUGGCAGAGGAAGAAGCGGAAGAGAUGAGCCAAAAGUUUGAAAGGGAGAUAGCCAGUCUCAAUGGUUAAAUAAAGCUGUUGGAAAGUAAAAUUCUCAAGAAAGAUGAGAAGCUGGCUGAGCUGUAUAUGAAGUUAAAAAAUAAUAUUUCAGAGGAACUGAAUUACUUGUCUCCAAAAGUGUGCAUUUCAAUUAGUACCCAGACAAAAGAGGAAAAAAAAAAAAAAAAUACAGAAUACAACAUUAAUGAAGAGCUUGUAACUAAACUGGAAGAAUAUGAAAAAGAAUUAAAUGAAAAAGAAAUACUUAUUUUAAAACUUAAAGAUAAUAUUGACGAACUCAAUGAAUCAGCCAUAAAUAAAAAAUGUCUCCACUUUUUUCCUCCCUUGCAGGACUCUGAGUUCAAAGAGGUCAAAAUUAAAUUCUUGAAUAAAGAAAUAAAACAUAUGUCACCUCCCACAAAAAACCAUACUCUGACAAGCAAUAACCGUUUUAAAAUUCUAGAAAUAGAAGAUGAUGUUGAAGAUGAUUUAAGAGAGAAUGAAAUAGUCAUUUUAAAUAAUAAACCCACCCAGACAUCGCACUUCUUAAAUAAAAUAUCCUGUAAAAAUGUCAAACAAAAAUAUAUAGAAACUCAUACACCCAAAUCUGUAUCAACAUCAUCAGCUGCUUCAAUCAAGAAACAACUUCUCAUCAUGGCUGAUAGUCAUGGAAAAAAUUUAAGUUCACUGGUUCAGCAAAGAUCUUCAAUUAACGUAUUUUCAUGUGUUCGGCCUGGAGCAAAGUUUAGUGGGGUGGUGGAAGACAUUACAGCCUUAAGCAAGAACUUUACUAAAGAUGACAGUGUCCUUAUCAUAGCUGGAACAAACAAUAUGGAAACCAUGGGUAUAAAACGUUUCCUGAGUGAGGUUAAAGAAUUGCUCAAUAAGUCCAAUGAUUUGAAUCUGAUCCUAGCCACAUUACCAAUGAGGCAUGACCAGCCUAAUUUAGAUUUGAAAAUUUCUAUAAUUAAUAGAGAAAUUGAAAGUAUUGAUCCUAACAGAAAUUGUCUUGUGCUACCACUCCACCAUCUACCUCGCCAUCUUUAUACAAAUCAUGGAUUACAUAUGAACAAGAGGGGUAAAUCAAGAGUAGAUGAAAUGAUAGUAAAAAUCAUCAACAAAAAUAAUAAUCUAAAUAAAAUUCACUCUACGCUGAACACCCCUUGUCCAUCUUUAUUACCCAUAGAGGGCGGAAUAACUUGUGGAAGCCGACAUGAGGGAAGUUUUCGAAGAAGUCAAGAAUACUUCAUCAAUUGCAUUAGCACAUUCUGUGUCAUCAGAUUUUCAUAUGUCAGCCGGAGUGGCUGUGACUUUUAGAGAAACUAUUGUUCAUGAAUCAACAUCCCCCAGGUCCCAGGGUCAGAGUGUUUUGUGUAGCCCUGAAAGUCAGUCUAGUUUUAAUGAGUGUGUAAUUGAGGUAGAAGAGUGCAGUGCAAACAAUACUACAUACCAACUAAAUAGUUUGUAUACAACUUCACCCUUAAACAUAAGUAAGCAGGAUAUUUAGCCCUAUCAAAAGUAGUAAGCCUACAAAACAAAACAAUCAAAAGUCACCAUUGGCCUAUAAAUCUGAGAACUUAACUUUAAAUUUAUUAUUUUUAAAUAUUCAAGGCCUAUUCAACAAAAUAUUAAACCUAGAAACUUUUUUAACAUCUAAUAAUUUGGACGUAAUUGGUUUAUCUGAGCAUUGGCUUAAAGAAGUAGAAAUUUUCUAGCUUUGCCUGAUGGUUAUUUUUGUAAAAGUGCAUAUUGUAGAACUGAACAUAUUAGAGGGGGUUCCUUAGUACUUACGCAUAAGAGUUUGAAUGUAAGAAUAUGUGAUGUUGGUCAGUUUUGUUCUGAGUUGGAUUUAGAGGCGGCUGCUGUUUUUGUGGAUAAUUUAAAAUUGAUUGUUUUAACUAUAUAUCACUCUCUAUCAGGUAACCCAAAUACUUUUCUUAACUCUUUUGACAAAUUGCUGUGGUUUUUGACAAAAUGGUCAAAUUAUACAUCUGCGAUUGGAGGGGACUUUAAUUAUAACUUUGAUGUAACUAAAGGUAGUAGAUUCUCAAACCAAUUCCUUAAUCUCUUGCGACAGUAUAACUUUUAUCAUUUGAAUACUAAACCUACUCAAAAAAAUAACUGUCUUGACAAUAUUUUUGUAAAUUGCCAUAGAAAUAAUGUACUAAAUUGUAGUAUUUUUUAUUUUCCAUAUUCGGACCAUUGUGGUCUCACACUGAAUUUGAAUAUCACUGAUUUUACUUCACAAAACCAAACAAACAUACCCAAUAGUAUGCCGUUUCUUAAAGUUAUUUUACCUACACAAAAAAUCUCCAAGUUAACAGAUAGAUUGGCAUGCUAUGAUUGGAAUAAUAUUUUGAGCUCUGAUGUUGUUGGUGCUCGGAAUGUCUGUUCUGCCAUUCUUUAUAUAUUGACAAACAAUAUUAACCAUUUCUCUAAACCAGUAAGAGUUAAUUCCAACAGUAGUAAAAAAAGGAAUAAUGCCUGGUUCAAUAAUGAGUUAGCUGGUAUGAAAAGUAGAUUAAUUUUCUUAGCCGUCUUAGUUAAGAAUAAUAUGAGGAAUUUCCAUGAAAUUAAACAAACAUACAAUUACUUGAAGAAUCAUUACAGAAAAAGUAUUAAAGAAGCUAAAAUCAAAUUUAAUACAAAUAUAAUAGAAAAUAGUAGUAACAAAUGCAGAGCGGCAUGGAAUAUCAUUAAAAGUAAUAAUAAUGUUUGUACCAUAAGUUUAAAAAAUUCAGUAAUAUCCCCAGACACUUUUAAUAAUUACUUUUUGGAUUCAGUGGAGACUAUUAAGAACAAAAUAGGCACUGCCCCUUCUAACUCGGAGCAGCUGCUUGCAUCUGUUGAGAAACCUGUUCCAAAUGUACAUUUUACCUGGAAUAUAAUAACACCACUGGAUGUAAUUAAUGUAACUAAGCGUUUAAAAAACUCUAAUUGUAAUGAUGUUUAUCAAAUGUCCAAUAAUCUUCUAAAACAAAUCAUUGAUAACAUAUCUUUGCCACUAUCCUGCUGCUUUCAUCUUUGCCUAUUAGAAGGAAUCUUUCCUGAUGAAUUCAAAAUUGCAAGAAUUAGUCCAAUUUUUAAAAAUGGAUCUAAAGACAAACCUGAAAGUUACAGACCCAUU